UUGGUUUCGACGACGUCGGUAUGAAAUGGCAGAAACUGCGUGUGUCACGGAAGCACAAAGAUUAGGUUACGAAGGAGCUACACAUGUAUUUUGCGGCGACCCCGGUCUGCUAGUGUGAGAGAAACGGGAGUGUAUCCGGAGGAGAAAAAAAGGGAUUAAAGUGCUGUUUUUUCUCCAGAAAAAAAAUCCCCCAAACGUCCAGGUUGUGUUGUGUUGUCCGAGCAGCGAGCGGCGACUGCGGGGUCGACACUGCUGGAAUUAACCGGAGAGGGGUAUCGAGAGGAAAGCUCCACGUGGAUGCACAGUCACAGUGUUUGUGUCAGGCUUCACCAUGAACCGGAACAAGCGGGAAAAAGAGUACUACAGUAUAGAUGUGGGCGAUUCGACUUUUAUGGUUUUAAAGCGCUACCAGAACCUUAGACCCAUCGGAUCCGGAGCACAGGGAAUCGUCUGUUCGGCGUACGACCACAACUUGGAGAGGAACGUCGCCAUCAAGAAGCUGAGCCGGCCCUUUCAGAACCAAACUCACGCCAAACGAGCCUACAGGGAACUAGUGCUCAUGAAAUGUGUCAACCACAAGAACAUAAUCGGCCUAUUAAAUGUAUUCACGCCACAGAAGACACUGGAAGAGUUCCAAGACGUGUAUCUAGUGAUGGAGCUGAUGGAUGCCAACCUCUGCCAGGUGAUUCAGAUGGAACUGGACCACGAGAGGCUGUCCUACCUGCUCUACCAGAUGCUGUGUGGAAUCAAACACCUGCACGCUGCCGGCAUCAUACACAGGGAUUUGAAGCCCAGUAACAUUGUGGUGAAGUCUGACUGCACACUGAAGAUCCUGGACUUUGGUCUGGCCAGGACGGCCGCAACCGGCCUCCUCAUGACACCCUACGUGGUUACUCGCUAUUACCGCGCCCCCGAAGUCAUCCUGGGCAUGGGUUACCAGGCCAACGUUGAUGUCUGGUCUGUUGGCUGCAUCAUGGCUGAAAUGGUCCGGGGUAGUGUGUUGUUUCCAGGCACUGAUCAUAUCGACCAGUGGAAUAAGGUCAUCGAGCAGCUGGGGACACCGUCUCAGGAGUUCCUGAUGAAGCUCAACCAGUCAGUGAGGACCUACGUGGAAAACCGACCACGAUAUGCAGGCUACAGCUUCGAGAAGCUUUUCCCUGACGUUCUGUUUCCUGCUGACUCCGAACACAACAAACUGAAAGCGAGCCAAGCCAGGGACCUGCUAUCCAAGAUGCUGGUAAUAGAUGCGUCAAAACGGAUCUCAGUGGACGAGGCUCUCCAGCACCCUUAUAUCAACGUGUGGUACGACCCGACUGAAGUGGAGGCACCACCACCCGUGAUCACAGACAAGCAGCUGGAUGAAAGAGAGCACACAGUGGAGGAGUGGAAAGAGUUGAUAUACAAAGAAGUGUUGGACUGGGAGGAAAGGACAAAGAAUGGAGUCAUCAGGGGACAGCCAGCGUCCAUAGCACAGGUGCAACAGUGAGCAGUAACCCCCAGCAGCACCUCCCCUCCACAUCCUCCUCCGCCUCCGCCAGCGACGUCUCCUCCUUGUCAACUGACCCCACCCUGACUGACACCAACAGCAGCCUGGAGACGGCCAGAACCGCUGCUGCCGCUACCGCCGCCGCUGCUGCUGCUGCUGCUACAGCAACCGGCCCCCUGGGCUGCUGCAGAUGACUAUCAUCUACACCUCCUAUUGAUCCUGGUCCUGGUUCUGGUUCUGGUCCUAGGCCAGGCCUCACCCCCCUGGUCACAUCCAAGACCACAAGCCCAACACUGGCUCCUGGCCCCACCCUUCUGCAUUAGCCCCCUCCCACCUCCUGUCUGUGCUUGUCUUCAGUAGUGUAGCGUUUAGCCAGCUAGCUGUUAGAGAACUAUUUUGAUUUCUGAAAGGACAGAUUUUCUUUUUUUAUUACAGUUCUAGUCUUUUCUUUUUUUUUUAAAUUGGAUUUCUUUUUUUUUGAGUCCUAGCUGUAAUUUAUUGUGGCAUUUCUUAAUUUUUCAGAAACCUAAGAUGAUGAUAAGAGAAUUUUUAUGAUUUCACUAUGUUCCGGUUUGUAUUAACCGACAGUGAGAAUUUAAAGAAAUAUCUGUAAAAUGUUUUAAUGUGAUCUAUUUUUCUGUUGAAAGUCAUUUGUUUCACUUGUAAGCUACUGCUUUUACAACUUGCCAUAUAAAUGUAGAUUGAGUUUGUACAGAUUUUAUGGUAGAUGUAGUUUUAUCUUCAAUACAAGUUUGCAGUGAGCCAUUGAAACAUAAUUUAAUUGACAAAUGUAUGGUCUUAGUACUCCCCUAUCUGUUUUUAUCUCACAUCAUAUGGAUAAUGUUUUAAAUGCAUACGACAUAUCCAUUUAUUUGAACUGAGAUCAUCUAGAUUUAUUUGUAAAAAAAAAAAAAAAAAAGAUUUUUCUUUUUUUUGAGUCACUACUACUUCAUGCAUUGUAAAAUUUCAGUUUAAUGAAAGCUUUAUAAUUUGCUCAUUCUUUACUUUCCUGUUCGGUCAUUGUGUGAAUUUUCAAAGUACUGCGAUUUUCACUCACCAAUGAUUCAAUUUACCUUCUACAUUUAAGCUACGGGAUUGGUAAUGGCAGAGUAAGGUCCC